AUGGAAGCAACAAGAAAAGUUGAUCAUGAAAGUUUUGAUUUUACAAAAUUGCCACCCUCUAAAUGGGGUGAUCACUUCCUCACUGUGACCGUCACUGACUCGGAUCUUGAUGCUCUUGCAAAAGAAAUUGAGGUACUGAAACCUAAAGUGAUGGACAUGACUAUUUUGUAUUCCCAAGAUGAUGACGAGGCGACGAUAAAGAGGAAAAUUCUUGUAAUCCAUUUUCUAGUUAGUCUUGGUCUGGCCUAUCAUUUCGAGAAUGAGAUUGAACACAUAGUGAAAGUUGCUUUCGAGAAGAUAACGGACUUGAUCGCGGAUGAGAAUGACUUGUACAUGAUUUCUAUCAUGUUUCGAGUUUUCAGAACUUAUGGUCACAACAUGUCAUCGGCUAAAUGUUUCAUAAAGGUUAAAAAUCACCAAUUGAAAUACCAGUCUAUUUUGCUUAGCCCUAAAAGUAAUCGAGAAGUGUAA